AUGAACGCAUUAGUGAUCUUAGCGUGUGUUUGGACUGUGGAGGGGUUUAAUUUAUCGCCCACCGCCAAUUAUGUAUUCAAUCACCCAGUUCUUAAAACGUUUAUAACACCGACACGAAGUUCUCACUUUGGAUUCUCUGUCAACCUGCGGACGAGCGGCGUGCUAGUCGGAGCACCACGAGCACAGUCGGACUUAGAAUACCAGAGAAACAUUAAUGAAACGGGAGCUAUUUACAAGUGCAGCUUCGCGAACUCUUCCACCUGUGUGCCGUUCCGCCUUGACCGGCAGGGCGACACCAAUUAUGAGGACUACUACACUAACCAUGCCGAGAUUCGAUCGGAGAAAAAAGAACACCAGAUGCUGGGAGCAAGCGUGGACGGACUCGGUUCCGAUGGCGCUUGGUUUGUCGCUUGUGCUCCACAGCUUAAAGGCAACGUCGAGAUAGCGUACCUUCUACACGGGAUUUGCUACCUCACCGAGGGUGUUAUCACGACCGAUGAACUAAACAAUUUGUACAAAAUAAAGCCACUUCGUGUGAAAGCACAACAGCGGAAGCAUGGCAAGUACAACUAUAUGUACGCUGAACAAGGCUUCAGCCUGCAUGUAACAGACGACGGGGAUGAGAUACUUAUCGGAGCACCCGGUGUUAUGGAUUGGCGAGGCACUGUUCUUCGCUACCGCCAACGGACAACAAGAACUAGCAACGAAGCGAUGCCAAGAAGCAACGUGUACCUAGAUUUCAAUAGGAGACGUCGUUUAACGCAUGAAAGCGUUGUGCCAAAUCCGAUGUAUGCAAACAUUCCGCAAAACUCCUACUUCGGUUAUGCUGUCAGUUCGGGCCGGUUUCUCGGAACUCAAAAAGUCUUGUACGUAGCAAGUGCUCCACAGGCACGUGAACAAAACGGAGAAGUGAUCAUUUUCGACUACACAGACAAUCGCACCAUCUUUGAGACGGUGAUCGUUCGAUAUCGAACAUUCACAGGGCAACAAUUUGGCGAGUAUUUCGGAUACUCUCUGUUGACGGAGGACUUUAACAGUGACGGGUUUCCGGAUCUUGCGAUCGGCGCCCCGAUGCACAGUCGCGCGAUGGAUCACGAUCAUGGUGCAGUGUACGUACUGCUCAACCUGGGCGAAAUGAACUUCGAUCUUCAGACCAAACUGAUGAGUUCGUAUGACCUGGGCGGGAGGUUCGGAACGAGUUUGGGCAAAAUUGGGGAUAUCAACAGAGAUGGAUAUGGCGAUAUUGCGAUUGGUGCACCAUUUGAGGAUGAUGGUACCGUGUACAUCUUUCUCGGUUCUGCAAAUGGAAUUCAAACGCGACCAAGCCAAAGAUUGGUUCCAUCCCUAACACAAUUACAUGCACCAUCGGGGCAGCCACACAUGUUUGGUCACGCACUUUCUCGCGGUGUUGACAUCGACGGUAAUGGUUACACGGAUCUGGCCGUUGGAGCACCGAAUGGAGAGACCGUAUACGUAUUCCGCUCUUAUCCAAUUGUUCGGGUCGAAGCUAGAAUUAAUUCCACAAAGCGAGAGCUACCCGCUGAAGGUGGAGUCUUUCAAAUAGGUAUAUGCUGGUCCACAGAUUACCCUGCAGGUGUACCAUUCCCCGUUGCACUACAGUACACGUUGGACAUUGAUUACCAGAUGGGACGUGCAUCGGUCAACAAUCGAAAUAAUACUUCCGAGCAUCAUGACCGGGUAACAAUAGGAAGAGACCCUUUAUGUUUGGAGUAUAACGUCGUGGUUAACGCAUCACCAACCACACUCUACAAACCCAUCGCAAUCGAUGUCGAGUUCGGUAUAUCCCCAACUGCUACGCCUCCCAAGAAUGGCAAUCAUUUUUGUGAGCACUGUGCAAUUCUUGAUCCACUGCAUACUAAUCGCGUCCAGGAGCGCAUCCCGUUCAAAACCGGCUGCAGGAAAGAAAUAUGUGUAACGGAUUUAAAAAUUACUCACAUUCGUUGGGUUGAUAUAGUGUCGCCGUAUGUAGUUGGUAGUUCGAAAACAGCGACCCUAGAAGUGGACAUUGAAAAUGCGGGUGAAAAUGCAUAUCUUCCACAACUGAACGUUACCACGUCCUCAUUGCUUCGAUUGAGUAACCCUUCAUCAGAAUGCCUGCAGUCACCGAUCGGACGAGAUCAGAUCAACGUUUUAUGUAGCUUAAAUGGUGGCCUACCGUUGAAAACCUUGGCACGGAUUAAAUACACACUCACAUUUGAUGUAACACAACUGCAGGCUUCUGUUGGAUAUGUCAACAUUCAUGUUCUAGUUUUAACCACCAGCAAAGAACAAUGGCCUCGUGACAACGAAAUGGAGGAAAGACUAGCUUUGCUAGAGUUUAGCCACAUAGACAUCGUAAGUAAAACAUUACCACAAGAAGCAAGUCUAGGCAAGCAAACAGGCUUACUGAAUGUUACUCAGCUUAUAAAAUUGCACAAUAACGGACCAAGUGCAUUGAACGGUGCCUUGUUGUUGGUAGACAUACCUCUUAGCUAUACGCCAUCCCAUUUUGGUGGAAAGAAAAGUUGUCAAAUUAUAAGGCUUACAGAUGUAAGCGUAAGAAGCAGCCAUAAUGAUACUCCGUUGGAAGUUGACUGGAUUCAACCGAGCUCUGGGAAGGAACUACUUAAGCAAACGUUUGGUUUUUACAUGAAAAAACAACCUUUAGUUCCUAGACAGGAGACCGAUGAAGUUGAUGGUCCAAGUAACAUCGAAAAUUUCAUGAAUUCUAACCCAGAGAAUAGCGUGUCAUCUGAUUUUCUAUAUGAAGAGCAUCCAUUUGGGCACGGUUUGGUUGCAGACGGUGCUCGCCAGAAACGUUCCAAUCUUUGGCUGCAACCUAUACGACAAAGUUUGAGCGCUGUUCAGCUGGACGAUUUACCACCACUGCGAACUGUUUAUUUUAAUUGCGCACAGAACCUUUCUGUCGUACACUGCCUGCAGCUUCAAAUGUGGCUGCCUCAUUUUCCUGCAGUAAACAAACCCGUCUUUCUGGAGUUGCAGUACAAGCUGAACCUGAACGCAAUCGACGCAUGUCUGCAGGAGCAGCAAGACAUUUUGGUGGUACAGAUACUAAGUGACUUGGAAAAGCCGUCGGAUAAGGAAAAGAAUACGUUCCGAAUUGCACGUAACAACCCGUACACGGUCGUGUAUCGGGAUGCAAGCGUUAGUACACCGAUCUGGAUUUAUGUGUCGUCGUCGUUCGGGGGGCUGAUAUUGUUAGCCGUCAUAACCUAUGCAAUGCACCGGAUGGGAUUCUUCGAGCGUCACAUUAAGCGUGAGAUGAAAAAAAAUAAUCGUGAGAGCGAAAUUUCAGACAGUCCAACUGAUAAGGAAUGCGAAGAUCUAGAAGUUUCUGAAAUAUAA